AGGGGCUCCCUCACCAGGCAGCUCGCCCAGUCUCGGGGCAGUGAGAGGGAGGGAGCGCAGGCCCCAGGAGUGGGAUGGAGACCAGCAGCCCACAGCCCCCGCCGCCCAGCCCCAACACGGGGCUGAGCCUGGACGCCCGGCUGGGCGUGGACACGCGCUUCUGGGCCAAGGUGCUUCUCACCACGGUCUACGGGCUCAUCUUCGCUCUGGCUGCUGUGGGCAAUGCGCUGUCCGUGCACGUGGUGCUGAAGGCGCGGCCAGGUCGCCCCGGACACCUGCGCUACCACGUGCUCAGCCUGGCACUCUCAGCCCUGCUGCUGCUGGUGAUCGGCAUGCCCAUGGAGCUCUACAACUUUGUGUGGUUCCACUACCCCUGGGUCUUCGGCGACCUGGGCUGCCGCGGCUACUACUUCGUGCGCGAGCUGUGCGCCUACGCCACUGUGCUCAGCGUGGCCGGCCUGAGCGCAGAGCGCUGCUUGGCUGUGUGUCAGCCCCUGCGCGCCCGCCGCUUGCUCUCCCCGCGCCGGACCCGCCGCCUGCUGGCAUUCAUCUGGGCCGCCUCGCUCGGCCUCGCCCUGCCCAUGGCUGUGAUCAUGGGGCAGAAGCACGAGCUGAAGACGCCAGGCGGCGAGCCGGAGCCCGCCUCCCGCGUGUGCACCGCGCUGGUGAGCCGCGCCGCGCUGCAGGUGUUAAUCCAGGUGAAUGUGCUGGUCUCCUUCGUGCUCCCCUUGGCACUAACCGCCUUCCUGAAUGGGGUCACGGUGAGCCACCUGCUGGCCCUCUACUCCCAGGUGCCAUCCGCCUCUGGCCCAGGCAUCGCUGUCCCCAGCCACCUGGAGCUGCUGAGUGAGGAGGGUCUCAUUGGCUUCAUUGCGUGGAGGAAGACCCUGUCCCUGAGAGGCCAGGCCAGCCUGGUGAGACACAAGGACACAAGUCAGAUCCGCAGUCUCCAGCGCAGCGUCCGGGUUCUCAGGGCCAUCGUGGCUGUGUACAUCAUCUGCUGGCUGCCGUACCAUGUCCGCAGGCUCAUGUACUGCUACGUCCCCGAUGACCAGUGGACGGACACGCUCUACGAUUUCUAUCACUACUUCUACAUGGUGACCAACACACUUUUCUACAUUAGCUCAGCUGUGACACCUGUCCUCUACAACACCUCGUCCUCCUCCUUCAGAAGACUCUUCCUGGAAUCCCUUGACUCCCUGUGUCGAGGGCACCGCCCCGUAAAGCCAUUGCCACAGAAGCCCCAGAGUCCUGUACUGAUGGGUACAGUUUUAGGCUUUGGGGAAACCCCAGAAAGCCUGGCCUGGCUGAAAUACAAGAAUGAGGGAAUACUCAGGGUGACUUUCUGUUCAGUCACCCAGCAGUGGUAA